CACUGCUUUCUUCACCAUGCGUUUCCUUUCAACUCUGCCCGUACUCCUCGGAGCUGCUUUCGCUCUACCCUCGACCGAGAGCAUCCAAGAGCGAGCAACUGACUCCCUCGCUUCUUGGCUCUCGUCUGAGAACACUGUUGCUCUGCAGGGUGUUCUUGCCAACAUUGGUGCCAGUGGCUCCAAGGCUUCUGGUGCUAGUGCUGGUGUUGUGGUCGCUUCUCCUUCGAAGUCAAACCCUGACNUUCAAGACUUCUACACCUGGACUCGUGACUCGGCUCUCGUGUUCAAGGCACUUGUGGACCAACUCAUUGCUGGUAACAAGUCUCUGGAGCCUCUCAUCCAGCAGUAUAUCAGUGCUCAGGCCAAGCUGCAAACCGUCAGCAACCCCAGCGGUGGUCUUUGUUCCGGAGGUCUUGCUGAGCCCAAGUUCGAAGUCGACCUCACAUCUUUCACUGGUGCUUGGGGUAGACCUCAGCGUGAUGGCCCUGCUCUCCGCGCCACUGCCAUGAUUGCUUACUCUCGCUACCUUAUUGUAAGUCGACAAUCUUCAUCUCUAUUGCUAUACGCUCAUCCUCUCUACAGGNCCAAUGGUAACACCACAACCGUCAACAAUAUCAUCUGGCCUAUCGUACAAAACGAUCUUUCUUAUGUCACCCAAUAUUGGAACCAGACUGGCUUCGACUUGUGGGAGGAGAUCAAUAGCUCUUCCUUCUUCACCACUGCUGUUCAAUACCGUGCUCUUAUCGAGGGCAACAACCUCGCUACCCAGCUUGGAAAGUCGUGCCCCAAUUGUGUUUCUCAGGCUCCCCUUGUCCUUUGCUUCCUUCAGUCUUAUUGGACUGGCUCAUAUGCACUUUCCAACACUGGAGGAGGUGGUAGAUCUGGCAAGGAUGCAAACUCGAUCCUGACCAGCAUUCACAUCUUCGACCCUGCUGCUUCUUGCGAUGCGACCACUUUCCAACCUUGCAGUGACAAGGCUCUUGCCAACCACAAGGUCGUCACUGAUUCUUUCCGCUCCAUUUACAACAUCAACAAGGGCAUUGCUCAAGGCUCUGGUGUUGCUGUUGGCAGAUAUCCCGAGGACUCUUACUACAACGGCAACCCUUGUCGGGUCAUUGAACAAACUGAACAACUCUAUGAUGCUGUCUAUCAGUGGAAGAAGAUUGGCUCAAUUUCGAUCACUUCGAUUUCUCUUCCUUUCUUCAAAGAUGUCUACUCUUCUGCUGCUGUCGGCACCUACGCAUCUUCGACUACCACUUUCACUUCCAUUGUCAACGCUGUCCAGACCUACGCUGACAGCUACAUGUCUAUUGCUUACAAUCGUGCCGACGGUACUCCCCUCUCAGCAGUCGACUUGACCUGGUCCUACGCCGCUUUCUUGACUGCCUACAAUGCCCGCGCCAACAUCAUCCCUGCCUCCUGGGGUGCCGCAUCUGCCAAGCUGCCCAACUCCUGCUCCAGCGGCUCUGCCACAGGCCCCUGUGCCGCAGCCACAAACACCAACUGGGGCAACCCCGGCUCUCCCUCCACCGGAACACCCACCACAACCGGCGGCGGCUCCUGCGCGACCCCCUCUUCCAUUGCUGUAACCUUUAACGAGCAAAAGACCACUGCUUACGGUGAGAAUAUCUACAUUGUUGGCAGCAUCCCCGCGCUUGGAAACUGGAAUACUGCAAAUGCGGUCGCGCUAUCUGCUUCUGGAUACACUAGCUCCAACCCUCUGUGGAGUGUUACUAUCAACUUUUCUACUGGAACUAGCUUCAACUACAAGUACAUCAAGAAGGCGCAGGAUGGUAGUGUCACUUGGGAAAGUGAUCCUAACCGCAGCUACACUGUCAGUGGAAACUGCGCUGGUACUGCCACCCAGAACGACAGCUGGAGG